CAAAUCGAGAGCCCACCUAAAAUCAAAGCCAGUAGUAGUGGCAACAAAUAUAAAAAGCAGUAACUAUACACCAUAGCUUUUCUUGCUUCUUGCUCUCUACACUUCACAUUUACCCAAAACCUUUAUAAUUCUUUUGUUUUUUUCCUUUCACUUUUCUCUUUUUUGUUUUUGUUUUCAAAGACAAGACAAUUAUCUUCAGAUUCUUCACCACUGUCUUUUAUGUUCUUUCAAGAAACCAAUCUUUUAAGGCAAAACAAAACCACAGAAUCAAAUCCUUCACAAAAGAAAAGCCUAAACCAAAUGAAACCAUCAUCAGUUUCAAGAUUUUCUUUAACUUUCUCACACUUACUCACACUCUAUUGUCUUCUCAUACCAACCCAAGGAUCUCAUCAAUGGGACUCACCAAUCAAAACCGUCGUCGUUCUAGUAUUAGAGAACCGAUCUUUCGAUCACCUCUUGGGAUGGAUGAAGAAAUCAGUUAACCCGACGAUAAACGGUGUAACGGGUCAAGAAUGCAACCCGGUUCCAAACUCUACACAAACCAUAUGUUUCUCUAGUGAUGCUGAGUUCGUGGAUCCGGAUCCGGGUCAUUCGUUUGAAGCUGUUGAGCAACAGGUUUUCGGAUCCGGGUCCGGGUCGGGUCAGAUCCCGUCGAUGAUGGGUUUCGUCGAGCAAGCGCUCUCCAUGCCGGGCAACUUGUCGGAGACUGUGAUGAAAGGCUUUAGGCCUGAAUCUGUACCGGUUUACGCUGAGCUGGUUAAAGAAUUUGCUGUUUUUGACCGGUGGUUUUCUUCGAUUCCUGGUCCGACUCAACCUAACCGGUUAUUUGUUUAUUCGGCUACCUCACAUGGUUCGACAAGUCAUGUCAAGAAACAACUUGCUCAAGGGUAUCCACAAAAGACUAUAUUCGAUUCGCUCCAUAGCAACGACAUCGACUUCGGAAUAUACUUUCAGAAUAUUCCGACCACGUUAUUCUACCGUAAUCUCCGACAGCUAAAAUACAUUUUCAAUUUGCAUCAGUACGAUCUGAAAUUCAAGAGAGACGCAGCGAAUGGGAAGUUACCGAGCUUAACCGUAAUUGAACCGAGGUAUUUCGAUCUCAAGGGUCUACCGGCCAACGAUGAUCACCCGUCGCAUGACGUGGCUAAUGGUCAAAAGCUGGUUAAGGAAGUGUACGAGUCACUUAGGUCGAGUCCACAGUGGAACCAGACGCUCCUAGUCAUAACUUAUGAUGAGCAUGGUGGGUUCUAUGAUCAUGUCAAGACUCCUUAUGUUGGUAUACCAAACCCGGAUGGGAAUACUGGACCGGCUCCUGGUUUCUUUAAAUUCGACCGGUUAGGUGUUCGGGUUCCUACUAUUAUGGUUUCGCCUUGGAUUAAAAAAGGAACCGUGGUGAGUGAAGCAAAAGGACCAACAGAGAGCUCAGAGUUUGAACAUUCAUCAAUACCAGCGACCAUCAAGAAACUCUUCAACCUCUCUUCCAAUUUCUUAACACAUAGAGAUGCUUGGGCUGCAACUUUCGAAGACGUUGUAUCUCACUUAACCACUCCUCGAACCGAUUGCCCCAUGACUCUACCUGACGUUGCACCAAUAAGAGCCACUGAGCCUAAAGAAGACGCAGCGCUUUCUGAGUUUCAAGGUGAAGUAGUUCAGCUUGCAGCUGUUCUCAACGGUGAUCACUUCCUCAGUAGCUUCCCUGACGAAGUUGGGAAAAAGAUGACUGUAAAACAAGCUCACGAAUACGUCAAAGGAGCUACAUCACGUUUCAUUAGAGCUAGCAAAGAAGCAAUGAAGCUUGGUGCCGAUAAAUCUGCCAUUGUCGAUAUGCGAUCUUCGCUUACUACACAAACCACGCAACCAGUAAACUGAUUAAACAAUAUUGGUGUGAUUUAAUGUUUGGAAACUGGAAUUAAAGAACAAAGUAAUAGACCAAAUUUAAUUUUAAGUGUCAUUAUUUUA